ACAACGAGAGAGAAGGAAGUAUCCAUCACACAUCCAUCCAUCCACCGUACAGAGCCCCGUUGCACGUCGGGAAAUUGAACAUGUACGUAUGUCGUAUGAGCGACGUAGAGCGUUGAAUGUGUCGAUUGCGUUCGGGGUUGGCUUGCACUUUUCGCGGUUAAAUGUGCGCGCAGCAACGUCGCAUGGUCAGCUAUCAAGACGUUCGCGAACCCUUCUAGUUUAUAGUGACUAAGUGAUAAGAGGUGAGGUGAAAAGAGAAACUUCUUUUCUUGGGACGCUCGCCAAUUUCGGAGCUAUAACAUUCUAUUGCGGCGUCGUUUUAACAAACAGUCGGGAGACACAUAAAGGUUCACUGCUGUGUAUCUGUGUGUGGAAUAUAUCCAAUCACGGAAUUCGCGGGCUAAGAUGCCCGACGUGGCUCCCGCGGACAACGUCGGCAUCGAGAUCAACGAAGAUCGACGAAGCGGUGCACGGAGCGACGCUCGCUCCUGGUUUCCCGCGAAUACACCUCCGAUUCCAUUUUUAUCUAUGCCCGCGCAUAUGGGUGAACAAUUUGUCGUAUUUUGAAACAUCGGAGUGUUUGCAAAUUAAUUGACUGUUUUGAAGAAAAAAAUAUUUGUGUUUUAUAUACUACGGAUGAUUGCUAUAUUUUGUUCAAGAUAACAUAACAUGAAAACAACGACAAUUUGUUAGUGUAUUAUCUGUUCCUUUUUUCUUUCUCUCAUGUAUUUCUAAUAAAAUAUGUAAUACAUGAUUUUGGAACGAAUAUUUAUGGUGCAAUUUAUAGAUCUGGAAGAAGGACAUAUUAAUUAAGGCUUAGUAGCAGGAUUUACUCUAGUGGUUAUAUUGUCUUUUGUAUUUAUGCCUAAUGUAAAAUGUUACACAUGAAGAAGUCAAAAGCGUUUUGAUCAAUCAAUAUAUGUACUUUAAGUUUAAAAAUUUACAAAAUGAGAGAAACAUAAUCGAAAAGUGUCCAUAAACUUAAGAGAAUCAUUUAUUCAUUUGCAAAUUGUAUAUUGCAUUUGUUUAUAUGGUUUUCCAUACGUAUUUAUCAUGUUUCUUCUCAAAUUAAAUAAAACCACUUAUUGUUACUAUAUAUUAAGACCAGAUUUCAGUCAGUAGAAUAAUUCUUUCUUACUGUUACGAUACGCGAACAAUUAUUAUUUGAGGUGCUUCAUCUAAAAAUAGAUAAUAUACAAGAUAUUUAUGUUGAAUUUCAAUGCUGGUUUUAUGAAAGAAUAAUAUUAAGUAUCUUUCUAAAAUGUGUGAGCAAACAGAAAUUAAUUAUUUGGAUGGAGAUGUUGUUUGGGUGAAACUUGGAGGUUGUUGGUGGCCUGGACAAGUUACUGGGUUCCACAAUUUACCUGAAGAUAUUCAACAUGGAUUUCAAAAGAAACCUUUAAUAGCUGCUGUGAAGUUUUUUCAAGAAGAUACAUAUGAAUUUGUCAAGAACUAUCAACAGAUUUAUAAAUACAACUGUACCCUGAAAGAUGAAUUUAUCAGGAAAGGAUUAGACAAAUAUAGAAGCAGAUGCAAAGAUGGAUCCAGAUACAUGGACAAAUUUCCUGGAGAUGUUGAAAUGGCUGAAAAGUUAACAGGAGGAGAUCCUGAUAUAUUAAGCCAUGAUAAAUUUUCUCCAGAAGAAAAGCCAAAUAUAUCAGCUUUAUUUGGAGACAAGAAAAUUCCUAAAAAGAAACGAGAACGUGAGGAAGGUCAUAGAAAAAGUGAUAAUAGCGAAGUUGUACGAAAAAUCACACAUCCACGAUUUUUAAAAGAAAGUGAUCAUGAAGUUCGGAUACGUCAACAACCUAGCAGCUUACCAUCUACACCGAAUAAUAGUGGGUCUCCACAAUAUCCUUGUCAUUUAUGUAAUUUUACUUCCUCGCGAGUAAAUGUUAUUAUUUGUCACAUAAAAAGCCACAGAUCAGGAAAUUCACCAAUGUCCAAAUCUAAAGUAAAAACUUAUUCUCAAUAUACAAGUAGGUAUUCUGAUGUAGAUACUCCAAAAAGGAAAUAUACAAAGAAAGAAAAAGGUCAAUCAAAUAAGAAUAAAAGCAGCAGUGAAUCUGGAAAAAGAAAACAAAUUAAGCAAAAUGAAAAAGUUGCUAAAAAGAAAAAGACUUCAGAUCCUAAAAUUCGCGAUACUAUAUUAGCAGAUUGGGAAGAUGAAUCAGAUGAAGAACUUAGCUUGAAUCAAAGCAAUCCAACUGAUAUAGCAUCUAUGAAUGAUUCAUCACCAAAAAAUCAAUUUGAUUUUGACAAAUCAGAAGAACUUAAUGAAAAGAAUAAUACACUACCAGAUGCUAGUGAAAUUAUUGCAGAAACUGAAAAAUUACUUAAAGAAACCGAGACGCUUACAACAAUUAACAUAACAGAAGAUUCUUUAUCUGAUAGUACUAAUACUUCGAAAAAUCUGAAAUCAAAUCUUUUUGAUAAACAGUCGUCCGAAUUAGAAAAAGAUGCUAGGAUAUCUGAUGUUGAGAGUAAUGAAUUUACUAAUAAAUCACAGACGGAAAAAGAAACUUUUAAUAUUGACAGCGAAAAUAAACCUACUGCAUCAAAUAAAGAUAAAAAAUUAUUAUUAUCUUGUUUUGAUUUCCAUGAAGAAGAACCAUCCAUACCCCCUGUAAGGAAAAAGUCUCGCGCAUUUCAUCAGAAAAAAGAAAUAAUAAAAGAAUUUGAAAUGAGUCAAGCUUUAAAAACAGAACAAGAAAGAGAAAUUGAACAUAGUAAACCUGAAGAUGAAGAUAAUAAUACUAGUUCAAAUGAAUGUGAAAGAUUAAAUACACAGUCAUCUUUAAGUGAGCAGAGUUUAGAAAAAAAUAAAAACAAUGACAAGGUUAUAAUUAAUGAUAAAGAGACAAAUAAUAAACUUGAACAUACAAAGGAAAAAAUUAAAUCUGAGAAAGAAUCAGAAAAAACACAGAAAUCUAAUGUUAAUACUUGUGAAACAGAAUUAGAAAUCGUGGAAAUAUUUGAAGUUGAAAGGAUUGAAGCUGAGAAUGAAAAUACUACAAAUGCUUCAAAAAAUGUUGAGACACAAAAUUCUCCUACAACAAAUGUAACGUUAAAUAUUAAUAAGAAAUUAACAGAAAACAAAAAUUUAGAUGUACAAAAUAUCCCCAUUGAUGAUGAACAAACAGAUAUUAAAGAUGCAACUAUUAAAGGAAAUGCAAAAAAUGUAAAACAGGAACCUUUAAAGCAAGUUGAAGAAACUUCGUCUGAGCGUUUUACAGUAGAAACAGAAGAUGAAGCUAUGUCUGAAUCUGCUGAAACAUUUCCAGAACAAAGUGAAAAUUCAGAUGCAGAUAUGCUGGAUCAAGAUCAAGUGCCUAAUUCAAAUUCUACAAAAAUUUUAUCAAAUGACGAUCAGUUAAAUAUUACUCCACAAGCUCGUAAGUCCAGUAGUAAAUUAAGAAAAUCAGAACCUAUGCGUGCUAAUACUAGUGAAAGUGCCAGUGGUAGUGAAAGCCCAAAAAUAAGGGAUAAUAAGAGUAAUUCAAAAAUAUUUGAAAAAUUUGAAAUAGAAAGAACAUCAGAAUCUGAUAGCGAGCGUUCAUAUGGUCGAAGAAAACGAAAACCAAAUAAAAAAUAUUUAGAAUCUGAUAUAUAUGUACAAGAUGCAGAUCAAAUGAUAUGUAAGACUGAUGAAAGUCAAUCUGAAAGUGAGGAAAAAUCUUCUGAAAAAAUAAAAAUUAAAUCAAAGAGAAAUAGGAAAUUUAUAGAAAAUAUUAAUAAAACAAGCAAGGACAUUGAUCUUAAAGAGGAAAAAGAAAUAGAAAUUUCCUGUAAUACCAUACAUACAACAGAAAAUAAUGUUAAUUCUUCAAAUAUAGAAUUAAAAGAUGAAUUAUUUGAGAAUACAUCUAAAAACCAAAUGUUUAUAGAAUUAGAUACAAAACUUGCAGACAAUCAAAUUUCUAUUGAAAUUCCUAAGAAGUUACAAGUAUCAACUGAGGAAAAAGUUCUACUAAAAGAAUCUGAUACAUCUGUCCUUGAAGAUACAAAAUCUGUAGUCACAGAAGAUAAUGCUGCUAAAUUAGAAAGUACAAUUCUCGAAUAUGAGAAAACAAAAGACAAUGAUACUGAAAGUGUAUUAAUUUCAAGUAAUCUUUCACAAGAAGAUUUAAAAGAUUUAGAAUCUCCUACUUCUCUUCAACUGGAACUUUCAUCAGAGAAAGAAGCAUCUUCUUAUCAACAAUUAGAUACUUCAAAAACUGUUGACAUGCUUCCUCCCAAAAAAUCUCAAAUAAAAAAGUUUGAAUUAUCACAAAUUGAUAUUUCUGGUACUGAUGAAACUCAAAAAAUCAUGAUAGAUCCUAAAUUAAAUAGUGGACAAGAACAAAUGAAAAAUUUAACUACUGAAACAAUUGAAACUAGUACAGAUACAGAGGCAAUUAAUUCUUUAAAGCAGGAGAAAGAUGCUCCAGAAAAACUUGAGAUAGACACAAAUAAUGUAGAAAUUACAAAAGAUGCAAAUCAAAUAGAGGAAGAAAAUAAAAUUCAAGGUGGAAACACAACUAUACCAAUAAAUCAAAAAAUUCAGCAUGUGGAAAUGGAAACAUUGGAAAAAGAAGAACAAAAAACUAAACCAGAGAAUUUAGAACAAUUGCCUACAGACUCAAUAAGUACAUUAAGUGAGCAGCAAGCUCAAAAUAGAACAUCUAUGCAAACAAGAUAUAAAGGAAAAUUUACACCAGAUACAUGCACAAAAUUAAAGAAAGAUAAAGAGUUAUUUCCUGAAGAAAAAUCAACAAAUACGUUCCAAGAAGCUUUCUUAAAAACUUUGCAUAUUGACAAGAAAAAGGGUAUAGUUAAUGAAUCUGAUACAACUGGUAAAGGAAAAAAAGGUAAGAAAUUAGUGAAGAAGAAGCCUGAAGAAGAAAUAGAUAGAAAUACAUCUUCUGAGACAACUCAAAAUAUGACAACUGAAGAUCCAAAUAUUCCAGAAAAUUAUCCUAAUCUUUCUCAAGAUAACAAUUCUCAAGUCGCAGUUAUGAGCAAUUUUGAAGGUAUAGAAGUAGUAGUUGAUCAAAAUCUUGAAAUUGAUGCUAAAGUGGAUGAUACUAUUUUUCAAAAUGUUGACCAACUUACAUCAACAAACGAAUUUAAUAUCAUGCCUAAAUCAUUGAUACAAUCACCUACUGAAGACAGUACUAAAUCUAUCAAUAUAGAUGUGCAAAAGUUAGAUGAAUCUUCAAGAUCAUUAACUUCUACACCUUCCCCAUCAUCAGAUGUUAAUGUACCAGUAAAAAAACGUGAAAUGCCACGAAUAAUUGAAAAUGUAACAUUGACUGAACCUAUGCAAAUUUUAAAGUCAAAAUUAUUAGACAAAUUACCACAGAAAGGGAUAAAACAUAAAUUAGAAACCGAUGGUACAAAAAGAUGUGAUCAAAAGGGUGGUCCAAAAACGAAAAUAAUGAAAAUUGAAUCUGCAUCUUCAAAUAUCAAACUGAAAACUGGUUCAAAGGUUACAUCUCCACAUUUGUCUUUGACUAAAAAGUUACAAGUUUUAAAAGCUGAAGAAGCAGAAACAGCUGCUAUGUUAGAGGCACAAAAUGAACAGUUAAAUGUAAAAACUUCGAAAAUUCCAACUACAACUACUACAACUGAAAAAUAUAUUCAACAAAGUUCACAAAGUUUGGCAGAUAUGGAACUAGAUAUAAAUUCAAUGCCAUUUGUUUUAAGUGAAGAUGUUUUAACUCCAGAAAGCAUUGAACAAAUGCCUGUUGUUAUAUCUUCUAUUAUACCUGCAUCUAGCACAAUUCCAACACUAUCUUUUACACCAACUACGCAAAUAGUAUCUCCCACUCAAAGUCAGUUCAAAUUGAAUGAAACUACAAAUGAAAUGUCACCUUCAAAGAAAAAGAGUGGUACUCCAGCAAUUUUGAAAAACAAAACUAAAGCAAAACCUACAAUUACAAGUAUAAAAACGCUAGUGCCACCACUUACAGGUGGUGUGAAAGGUAUAAAAUUUCAAAAUACACCAACAACAAACAAAGUGCCACCUCUUUUAACACAGAAGAGUACAUCAGGAAAAUAUGUAGUAGUACAAACAUCUGGAGGUCAACAAUUGCGAUAUGGUGUUCAAGGAAAAACUGGUGUGCAACAAAAAAUUGCUAUACCUGGUAAAAGUACUGGAAACGCCCAAGUUGUUCAUCAAGGUAGUAAAGUAGUUAUAUUAACAUCAGCACAAUCAGGCCAAACUAAAAUGCUACCUUUAAAUAUUUCUAAAACAUUAAGUGGUAAGGUUCAAAGAAUUAUGACAAAUAAGGGUCAAGUGUAUUGCCCUAUCAGUCCUCAGGGUAUUAUAAAUUCAAAAACACUCAUUGCUCCAAAAGGAGAUGGUGUUUCAGCAACAACAUCUAAGCUUCCUGCUGGACAUAAAAUUAUUAACACACAAGGUAUAAUAGCUUCAAAAGGACUUCUAACUCCUAUCUCAGGAACAAUUGGAAAGACUGCUUUACUGGGGACAUUAUCUCAAGGAAUUUUCACAAAAGGUGGAAUUUAUACGCCAAUAAGUGCUUCUACUUUGGGUGGGAAAACUAUCAUUGGAUCAAAAGCCCUGGUUACAAAAGGUACAACCAUUUUAUCUUCACAGAAUUUAGGUACUUCUAAAGCUAUUUUGACCCCCAUAUCUCAAGCUAUUUCUGGUAAAACAAUUUUAAGCACUCAAGGUAUAGUAAGCAGUAAGGCAACAGUUUUGACACCAAUAACAGGACAGCAAGUAAAAGCUAUUGCAGCAAAAAGUCCAUCCAAAGGAAAUAAAGUACAAUACCAAUCAACGCAACAAAAAGUACAGCUUCCUAUGUUACAAAAAUCGCAAAAAGUUCCAAUGUCUGCUACUUCACAAGUAAGAUCUGGUCAAAUGAAAACUGGUGGCAGCAGUACAGUAGUAUUGCAAAAUACCAUUCCUACACAAAAGACUGUGCAACAAGGAAAGAAAGUAAUUAAACAGACAGUUGUACAGCAAGGUUCUACUAUUCAAAAUAUUGUACCUCAAAGUAGCCAACAGACAAUAGGUAUAAGUCCACAAAUUCAACAGAAAGGAAAAUCUGUAUCUACAUCAACUAUACAAAAAGUUAUUAUACCCCGAAGUAAUCGACCUCAAAAAACACAACAAAAAAUAGUUGUUCAAAAAGUACAAGAACCUGCAAUUACGACUGUACAAAAUAUUCAAUCAAAACAAACGGUCUCAGUACCACUAACUACUGUACCAAAUGUAUCUAAAACAACAAUUCAGCAAAAACAGACAGCUAGUACUACUGCAACUACAAGAAUUAGUACAAAAGGCCAAUCAGUAAAUAAGACUACUACACAACAGCAGAAGAAUUUGUUGAACAUUGCAAUGAAUUCAGUAACUACGACUAACGCGAAUACAAAUGUUUCUACGUCUUUGUCUCUUCCACCAUUAGAAUCUACUGAAUCUGAGAGGAAAUCGAAAAUAGAUAAUGUGCUUAUUGAACCAUUUCAAAAGGACCAGCCUAAACUAGAAAAUUUCAAUGUUGAGAAAGGUAACGAAAUAGAAAAAAUAGAAGAACCGAAAAUAACGACACAACCACAAAUAAUGGCUUUGCCAACAGAAAGUACUGAUGGAACACAAACUUAUGUUUUGGUAACUAUUGAUGAACAAGGACAAAUACAACCUCUUGAUAAUAAUACUCUUAUGUCACUAGAAGGUACUACGCAAAAUCCAGAUGGCACAAGAACAUUAUAUAUAGAUCCUAGUUCAUUAGGAGAAGCAGGCACAUUAGAUAACAUUGUUCUUCAAUUUGAUAAUGCUGUAUUACCAAAUAUACAAACAAGUGCUACAGAAACUACUCAAACAAUUAUAUCAGAAAGUCUUCCUACUUCAGAAGUAAUACACACAUCAAAUCAAGAUAUUUUAGCCGCUGCUCUGGCAAAUACAGAUUUUCAACAAGAGAUCAAUUUAACAGAAAAUCCGGCAGGAAACGUAAUGACCACUGGUUUGACUCAAACAAGUUUAAUUAAUCAAACUAUCUUGCAGUCAACUAUUGUACCUCCUACAGAACCAAUAUCUUCUCCUUGUGUGCUUGAAACUUCAUUGACUUUAAAUCAACCCAUAAUGACGCCUUUAGAAGUGCCUAGUAAUUUGCCAAUACAAUCAGAGUCAACUCCAACUUCUGCUGUAACAACCAUCCCGUCUUCUCUCGAACUACCAAUAACAAUCACAAGCCCUAAUAUUUCAUAUAUUUCGACGGGAGAAGCACAAAUACAAAUUCCUGGUAAUUCUAUGCCAGAUAUUGGAGAAAUUAUGGAAAAUCCAAGUACAGCAGAGAUCGCUCGGGCGGAAAUCCCCGCAAGUACUCAAUAUUUAGUAUUACCAAACUUAGAAGAUAAUAUUGCUGUAGGAACUUCGAGUGAACAAAGUAAUACUAUUUCAAUGCCUAGUGUUUCAUAUUCAGUUUCAAUACCAAAUAAUAUAGUUUUACAAACUUCACAAGUUCAAACUACUCCUUCAAUGCCAAUAAUAGAUGAUACCUAUGCUGAAAAUGUGCAAUUUGCUUCAACUAUAGAACCACCAAUGGCACCAGAACAGACUUUUGUAGAUGUACCUGUUUCUGAAAUGCUUGUUUCAAAACCAGUUGUUUCCAAGAAAAACAUAAAAUCGCAAGACACUGCUGUAACAUCAGAAAUGGUAGUAACUCAUAAUGUUUCUACAUCUUCCCAAGAAUCUAUUGUAUCAACAAAUGAAUCUCCUUUAUUAAAUGAAGAACAAGAUACCACAAUACCAUUGCAAGAAGUAUACUCUUCUCAAGAAAUUUCUAUUAAGUCAGAAGAGAUGCUCUUGGAACAAACAGUUACUAAGGAAAAGAAUAAUUCAAAUGUGGGAAUUAGUAGCCAAAGUGAAGAAGUUAGUAAUAAUGAUAAUGUAGUACAUGUACAAAUUAUGGAGCAACCGGAUGAUGCAAUGACAAAUAGUAUGUCAUUAAUGGAUGAUAAUACUUUAGUUACUUCUGAAUCCAAUGCAAAAAUUUCGUCUGAAGAACAUGCGAAUUUUGAAGUUUCAAAUUCAAAUGAAAUAGAUACAAAUAGGUCACAAGAAACACAGAAUAUAAAAAAAUUUAAAGAAUUAAGUUUUAAUGAACAAUCUGCUAAUGAAGUUCAUUCUCCCAUAUGUGAAAAACAAGCAGCAACAUCCAAUGAAGUAGAAGUUGCUCAAGAAGGGGCACAAAUCCUACCAGCAGAGUCACUGAACCGUUUAGAUGAACAUAGUAUGGAUAUAGAUGAGGUUAUUGAAUCUAAAAUUUAUGCUGCAAAUACAAUGAAAGAAUCCGAAGAUUCUCAAAGAGAUGAACCAUCAUCUCAAGGUGAAUCAGAUUUGAUUCAAAGAAAUUUAGAAUUACAUUUUGGAGAAACAAAUGCAGAGGCUAGUCAUGAAAUACCAUCACAAUCAUAUGAACAGUUUGGAAUAGCAAUGACUACUGAUUCCACUGAUUUACCUAGUCAAUCUGCUACAAAGUCUGAAAAUUCAAAAGAACCAUCACAAUCAAUAACAUAUGAACCUAUGGAAACAGAUGAAGAAGCUGUUGUAACAGAACCACCAACACAAUCAUUUGAACAUUCAAAGAUAAAUGAAGCUUCUCAAUCAUAUGAAGCAUCUGCAGAAGCAAGUACAAACGCGCCUACCCAAUCUUUUAACGAAUUAAUGCAAAGUCAAGAAGAAAGAUCAACUAUUGAUGAUGCAAUUGAUGAUCAGACGUUCCCAACACAGAGUUAUGAAGUUGGUAAAGCAGAAAAUAUUCCAGAAAAUUUAGAAACGGAUGCUGAAAUUAGUCAGGAAGGAAAUAUGCCAUCUCAAUCUAACGAUAUUGGUACAGAUGGGAUUGGCACAUCCUCAGUUUCUACAAAUAAUUCUGGACUUAAUGAAGAUGAAACUGCAAGUUCGUCUUAUGUUCCAGAAACGCCUGAGAAUCAAGAAAGAGAUCCAGAUCAAGAAAGUGCAAUAAGUACGUCGUCUUGUGAAAUUCCACCUUGUGCUGAGUUGAAUAUUGCAUCAUCUAGUGCAGAGCAUACAAGUAUCCAUGACAAUGGAGUACCUGAAAUACCUACAUCUUCAUAUAAUUUGAAUCCAGACAUUACUUCAACUCAUGUGGAUUCUGUACCAACCUCUAGUUAUGAAGAGCAAAAUGUAUCAACUUCUUAUGAAGUUCCAAUCUCAAUGCCAGGUCUAGAGGAAACAUCCUCUCAGAAUUUUGUUACAGAAAGUACAGAUCAUAGAAACGAACCAUCUAGUUAUUAUACUCAUCACCAGGAGGUAACAGCAAGCUAUUAUGAAUCUGUAGGGCAAGAAACAAAUUCGAGAUUAGUUGAAGAUCCACAAGAGGAAGUUACUCCUAGCUAUUAUGACAGUAAUCCACAAGAAGCAAGUCAAAGCUAUUUUAAUCCAGAGGAAGCCACACCAAGUUAUUCCAGUCAUAAUGUCUCUCCCAGUUAUUAUGAUCACAGACCAGAAAGUGAAGCAAGUCAGAGCUACUAUUCUGCAGAUGACAUAGAAAAAUCAGAGCAGUCUUCCUCACAAAAUAUUGAGGCAUCACAAAGUUUCUAUCAAGAACAAUCUGAUGAAUUAAAAUUAACUCAACAAGGAGAAGCUACACCAACAUAUACAGAAAGAUAUCCAGUUGAUUACACAUUAGAGAAUUCACCAAUAGACAGGCACGAUCUUGUAGAAAGUUCUGUAUCAGCCACUAGGCCUACAGAGAGGUAAUAUAUUAUGAUGAGAAGUAGCGUUGUGCUAUAAAAAGAGUCCUUGUUUUUAUAGACUAAUGGACAUUACAGCCAUUGAUAGAUAAACUCAUCUAUUUUCAAAUGUAAAUAUAAUAUUAAGAUGAUAAAUAA